CUCUCUCUCUCUAAUUCUCUCUCUCUCUCCCUCCCUGGUUCUCUCUCUCUCUCCCUCUCUGGUUCUCUCUCUCUCUCUCUCUCUCUCUCUCUCUCUCUCUCUCUCUCUCUCUCUCUCUCUCUCUCUCUCUCUCUCUCUCUCUCUCUCUCUCUCUCUCUCUCUCUCUCUCUCUCUCUCUCCCUCUGGUUCUCUCUCUCUCUCUCUCUCUGCAUGUGUAUGAAAUUGUCUUUGUCCAUCACAGCUUGCUUACCAGACCAGCGCAGACGCCCUCCAAGUGUGACUUCCUCCAUAAAGUUAGAAACGAACAGCGGCAGGUAAAUGAAGUACACAUUUCAGUCAGAUGAGUGCAUGGUCAUCACUAUACCUCUGGGCAGUCUCAGAGAUGCUCAGGAGGGCCAGAUGAUGCCUGAGAACUUCCACUGUGUCUUCAAAGAUGUCUACAAGGUCUUCCUCAAGGGUCAGCCUAAAGCUCUGGGGGCGGCUCAGCUCAUUGCUGGAGUCCUUGUCUUGAUUCUGGGGCUACUGUUUGUCCAGCAAAGCAAAUUAGUUCUGAUCUACACCGUGCCCAGUGUCCUGUUUAUGCCUGCCGGAAUGCUGACCUAUGCUGCAGGUCAUUCUCCAAAUAUGGGUGUGACCAAACUGUCAUUUUCCUUGAACAUCGUCAGCUGUUUCUGGACAGUAGCUGCUGUUGUUCUCUGCACUGUCCCCGACUCUCAUGGUUUCCACGGGGACCAUCAAGAGGUAUUUUCUGGUAUCAAAUGGAUGAUUGUGGUUCUCCUGGUCAUUGAACUGGUUGUUGCCAUGGUGGCGAUCUACUGGGAGAGUAAAGCAGUGUGCAGACAGCACUUCAACAUUCUGCCCAUGGUCACCCUGAAGCAAGAGGUAUGAACCUGAAGGACUGGCAGCAAACAACAAAUAACUAAGUGAAAUAAUGAUUCAUCUUGUAUGACAUUUGUUUUACUUGUGCCAAUUCACAAGUCACAAUUCACAAGUCACAAUUCACAAGUCACAAUUCACAAGUCACAAUUCACAAGUCACAAUUCACAAGUCACAAUUCACGGACCUCCCGGUCGCGGCCGGUUUACGACAGAGUCUGGGCGCGAACCCAGGGUCUCUGGUGGCACAGCUGGCGCUGCAGCACAGCGCCCUUAAACACUGCGCCACCCGGAAAAAUAGUGAUAUUUUGACACUGUCUCAAAAGUGCAAAUAAGAAAAUUAAAUACAGAAUAUAAUUAAAAAAUAUGGAUUCUACUACUGAGAAAUAGUAAUAACGUUGCAUACCAUUUUUUGUAGCAAUUUGUCAAAGAGAAAAGCUACUAUCAUGACAGAUGUUUUACUUACAAUUGCAUUAUGCAAAAUGACAUUUGAUAAUGUAGGUUAUAUUUUCAUCUGACUUGUAUCUGAUUUAAAUGAAUUUAAACAUGUAUUGUUUAAUGUCUUCUUGUUGUAACAAUAGACCUGUAAUUCCGUUCCUUCCUGAUCACAUUGUCAUGAUAAUACAGCGAUAUUUUAUGCACCAAAGCGAACAGAAUAUUUUCCAACCAACUAUAGGACUUAUUAAACUACAAAUGAUCACCAAUGAAUUGCAAGAUCAAAAAAUAAAAAGAUAUACAUCAUUUUUAA